AUGGCGGAGCGCAUCUUGAUGAACGAAUACAAAUCCCUGGCGCAGGAAGACUGGGUCAACAUCGAUCUUCAAAAUGAAGACAUGCUCAAUUGGAAAAUCGGCCUGAUCGUUCUCAAUCCCGAAUCAAUGUAUUACGGCGGUUACUUCACGGCUACUAUGAAGUUUCCCAGCAACUACCCCUAUUCCCCGCCUGAAUUCCGCUUCCUCCGCCCCCUCUGCCAUCCCAAUAUUUACUCCAACGGCAAGCUCUGCAUCUCCAUUCUCCACCCGCCCGGCGAAGACGAAAUGUCCGGUGAACUCGCCUCUGAACGAUGGUCCCCCGCUCAACGUGUCGAAUCCGUAUUAAUAUCCAUCCUGUCCUUGCUCGAUGACGCAGAAGUAUCCUCUCCUGCCAAUGUCGAUGCUGGCGUCCUACUCCGCAAAGAACCCGAAAAAUACAAAGCGAUUGUCCGCCGCCAGGUUGAAGAGUCAAAGAAGGAUAUUCCGGAGGGUUUUGUGAUGCCUACACAUGAAUCUACUAUGCGAAAGAAUUCCGUGGACAAAGUGGACGAUGAGGACUUCUGGGCCGAUAGUGAUGCGGACGACGACGUGUUUGGGGGGAGUGACUCAGAUGAGGACCUUGAUCUCGACGGGCAGGAAACGAGUGAUGAUGAGUGA